AUGAAGCACAAAUACGCACUGGCUGCGUGCACUUGGUUCCAGAACACUUUUGGUGCCAGUAUCAUCCUCUCAUGGUCCAUUCCUAGUGUUAACAUCACCGGUCACACCAAGAGAGGAACUGUUGUCGGGGUUGGUUUUGUGGUGUUUGCAGCUGGAAACAUCAUUUCUCCUCAUUUCUUCGACUCUAAAGAUGCUCCUAGAUUCAAGCCUGCGACUACGGGUUUAUUGGUCUGCUACUCCUGGUUGAUCUUGGCUCCAUUGUGUUUGGCGGGUUUUCUGCACUAUAGAAACAAGAGUCGUGACAGAAAGGGAUACAUUGUUGCAGAUCGCGAAGAAAUCCUCGCGGGUUUCGCCGACCAGACAGAUUUCGAAAACAAGGGUUUCCGUUAUAUUUUCUAG